AUGGUUCAAGCUCGCAUACUGGCCAUUGACCCUGAUGGUGAUCGAUACCCGUUAACGCUCGACACAGGGGACUUACGGAUUACAACAUGGAAUAUUGGAUCCGACAAAGACACUCAAGGGCAACGACAUCUACGCAACAUUCGUCCUUUCGAGCUCGUUAAAAGUUCAAUUUCCGAUCCAACACGUCGCGAGCAGUUUGCAGAAGCAAUUCGCGAUAUUCCAGAUAAAAUAAUGGCAGAUUUAAAGAGCAGGAGGCACAAAAAACGUUUGGAAUACUUGUCUAACCACAACGUGAGCCAUGGCGAUUUAUCCGUUCGACCCCAAAUCUGA